CACACACACACACACACACACACACACACACACAAGGAUGCAUACCAGACACAGAGGAAAUGCAGACACAAUGGCAUAUAGAAGAGGACAUGAAAGAUGAAAGACAGAACUGAGCCAGACAGCUCCACAAUGACAACACAGCAAAAUAGAGAAUCAGCUGGAAUAAAAAUAGAAUUGUCGAUUUAAGGACGGAAAAAAAAAACUGGGUUAUAAAAGACUCAAAUAGAUGAGUUUUACAUGGAAUCACAAAAUGGAAGAUGUUACCUAUGCUGAUAUAAAGUUUGAGAAGAAAAAUUAUGUGUCUCAGGGCAUACAGCUAAGCAGCAAAAGUGAUGGUGAAACCUGCACAUCUACACAGAAUAAUAAUGAAGGCAGUAUGCAUGCCAAAGAGGAAACUGUGGAAGCAAACUUGAUCUCAUGGACUAAAAUCGCAGUUCUACUUCUGUGUCUCAUCCUGCUGAGCCUUGUAGUGUUCCUUGCUAUUCUAUACAUAAAACAAGUUGAGACCAUAAAAGAGCUGCGUAGCAACUACAGUGAGCUCUCAAAGAAGAUGAAAUGGCUACAAAAGGAAGUCUGCAGCCCACAUAACAAUGGAAGUUCCUGUGGAGCUCCUCCUUUGGAAUGGAUCAUUUCAGAAACCUCUCCCAGGCGAUUAAAUUUCAAAAACAAAAUCUAUUACUUUUCUGAAGAAUUUUUAAGCUGGACAGCAAGUAGGGACAGAUGUUUGGCAAUAGAGUCAGAUUUGGUAGUGAUCAACAGCAGAGAAGAACAGGAAUUUCUAAAUAAUGCACGUUCUUCCAACUAUUACGGUUUUUGGAUUGGGUUAACAGAUGAAGCAGAAGAGGGAUCCUGGCAGUGGAUAGAUGGAACAAACUACACCACCACUGAAAAAUUUUGGGAAAGUGGAGAACCUAAUAAUAACAUAAACGGAAAUCGAAAAGGUGCAGAUUGUGUUAUACUAAUUUGGAAGCGUGAUGAUUUGAUGACAUGGGGUCGUAAUAGAUGCCUGAAUACAAAAAAAUUCAUUUGUGAAAAAGAGUAUAAACGUACUUCCAUCUAAGUCUGUAUAACUAUUUCUGAGUAAAUGAUCAGUCAGUCAGUCAAUCAAAAAUAAUUCAGUCUUUUCUCCUGUUCCUCUCACUGGACUGUUUUAUCAGUAUUGCAGAUGGUUGUUUUAUCAUUUUGCACAAUAAUAUUUUAUGUAUUUUUGGGGAAGAUCUAGAUUUCAGUGGAUAUCAGAAAUAAACCACAAACUUUGAAUAAAUGAGAAUUUACAGACUUAAAGAACUUAUUCUUCAAGUUUGGCUCUUGGUUAGAUUGCCUUCUUUGAAGACCCUGCAUAUUUUGUCAGUGCCCACAUCAAUUUUUCUCAGGUGCUUCAUUUUGUCUCACAUCUUUGAAACAUGCCAUAUGUGAAUUGGUGAGCUUCUACUUUUAUCUACAGAUGGAUGUGCUUGCCAUUUAGGUGAAUGUCCUACAAAAAAAACUGACAUAUUGUCCAGAAUUAGUUUUUCUACUUUAUACCCACUAUGUGCCAAGAAAGAAUACUGUAAUUGUAAAAUGUGGGUAUCUCUAAAUGAAUUAACUUUACUGGCAUAAAGAAAAAAUCUUAGGAAUGCAUAAGCCUUAACACCAUAAUCAGCAAUAUUCACCGCUGCAUUUCUGUCAUUGCCCUCCAACUCAUAUUCUACUACUUUUUCUUAAGAAAGGACCAUCUUCAAUGCCAUUUUUCCAGAAUUCAUAAUGGGGACCAAAAUUCUGUAUUGCAUUCAGCUGGGUAAAGCAACAAGUACUUAGAAAAUCUCAGCAAACUAUACCCAAAAGAUCACUUUGUGUAAAACAUUUAAUGUAAUACCACAGAAGAUAGUUUAGUAGUCGUUUCAGGAAACAUUUAUGCAGUAAAACUACCAUUGUAUUAUUAUACUGUAUGCAGCUGAGCAAAGCAACAGAGGCAUAAAUCAGGAGUAUUGCAACAAGCAAUGUACACUGUAAAACACCUGAUAAGACCACCUGUCAUCACUGUACAAAAUCCAUAUGCAGCAACAGUGCACCACAUAUGUUGAUUUAUCAACUUUCAUGCACCAAGCUGCUUUCACAUCUGCUUUUUCUAUACCACUUGUCUCAUUGUCUACCCUGGGACCAGUAUAGGUUAGACUCCCUUUAAUGAUGGUCACUUCCAUUGCUAUAUGCUCUUUCUCAGAUAUUGCAUAUUGUUGGCAUAAUGAGUAAGGUGAUUACUUCACAGACAAAAGGUACAAGGUUUGAUUCUCACCAAAGGAAAUUAGCUAGCCUUAUAAAGACUUAUAGGGGAAGCUAGCCUAGCAAUUACCUAUGAAUUUAUGAACAUAUAACAAUGUCUACCACUGUAUGCCUUUUUCUCACCACACAAGUUCCUAGUGGGGACCUUAAACAAAUUUAAGGUCCAUGUUAAUGGUGUGGAAGCUAGGUAAACAUCGAUCUAUAGAAAUAUCAGCUUCUUCAUUUAAGCCCUUCAACACACCAUCCACCCCCUUGUGUCUGCCAAUGCAUAUAUAAGCAACAACUCUAUCUAGAUACAUCCUUCUCCAAAGGUAGUGCUGUUCAGAGUGCUCUUCUUUCCUCAUAAUUCAGAAUGAGUACAGGGAUAUAAUGCUUUUGUCUCUGAUGUGCCUGUUUUGCAUUUCAUAACUGAAUCUUAUAUAUUGAUGCUAUGUGAUAUCCAUAGCUGAUAAGUGUAUAAUUGUAUGGUAAAAUUCUGAUAUACCAUAUAAAUUAAUAAUCUGGAAUAUUUUAGCUGGUAAUCUAAAUGGUAGCUCUGAGAAGCAGUUUAUUGCAUGCUAUUAUGUAAAUGAUUGUGAAGCAUGGAUUUUUGCCAUUACUGUAACCUUUGGAAGUAUCUGCCAUGUUAGAGUAUGAUCUGGAUAUUUCACAUGUGAAUGCCACUUCUACAAUGUGGUUGUAGACUAUUUUGGCCUGAACGUGAACAGAAGGUGCAUACCUAUCUAUUCUUUCAUGAUAUAACAUUAAGUAUAUGGUUAUAUAGUGGCCUA